UGGGAAAGAGACAAGAAGGAAAAAAGAGAAAAGCACGAGUCAUAGGCGAAUCUUUUUAGUUCAACUUCCUUUGUAUUUCUUCAAUGAUCGUAGGCUUGAAUAGCGAAGCACGCCUAAGGUUUUGUAGUAAACCAAUCAGAACGCAGGCUAAUUAUAGGAUGGCUUUAUUAUAAAUACACGUCUGUAAGCAGUUAUCAUCAUUAGCUUCAACAUGCGAAGCCCAGCGAAGCUUAUACUUUCGAUUGUCUUAGUUUUUCAACUUCCUCAUGUGUUCUGUUUUACUCGAGAGCAAGAUAAGCCCAUAAUGCAAUAUUUGCAGAGGCGUGUUUGGAAUCCCGUGCACUCGUUUGAGGCACAACUGCGUUGUAAACUAGGGGACGCUUUUCUCGAAGAACAUCAUGAUUUGCAUCACUAUGGCUGUUUCUGUGGCGUCACAAAGGAGAUGAGGAGUUACAAAGACCCCAGCGCUGUUAAAGAAAAGGAUUCCUUAGAUGGGUGUUGCAAAGAACAUAACCUUUGCCUUAAGAGAGUAAUCUCUAGAAAUGAAGACGACCAUUGCUCUUUCGAUAAAAUCAAAGAUUGUGAAACAAAUCUGAUAAAUUGUAUUGGAAAGGUUAAAGUUGACUCUAUUAAAGGGUAUAAAAAUUAUGACAGAAACAAGUGCAAAUGAACUUGAAAAUAAAUAAGUAAGUAAAUGAAAUUUCUUCAAAAUAA